CCUGUUCCAUCCUGGAACUCCACUCCUGCUGCUCAGGCGGAAGCUGUUCUUCACCCGUGUCUAAAGGACACAAGAAGUCUCUUUGCUAGCAGUUAGUAUGUUAAGUUUUGACCAAAGACGCUAAAUUAAUAAGUCUGCGGGGUCACCGCAAAUGGAUGUAACAGAGUGUGCUUCGCCAUGGAGCAGAAAGUCCGCCAUGAUGGUAAGAAAGACAGGUGGGCGGGGCUCGGCGCACAACGUUGUACUAUGUACUCACUAUAGCGCUGAGCUGAGUGUAAAAUAAAGUUAUGUGCAGUGUGUACAUUUUGAUUAAAUUAAUUCAUGUUAUUUACUGAACAGAAUGAGUAUCUAUUUAUGACACUCUGAGUCUGGAUCCUGCAGCGGCCAAACCGGGUGUUGUGCAGGACGUACUACGGAAGUGGAUGUUGAGUCCUUAAUUGCAACGAAAGUUGGCAAACGUUAGCGAAACGAGAUUGCUGCCGCGUUGGUUCUCUCGUCUCUACAUGGUUUUCGUGAGGAUUGUUAGCCACUGUUAACACAACCUCGUCUCAGUGAAUGUUGACGCUUCUCAGGCUAGCUUAGCCUGCUAGCUGCUCACAAAGAGACGCGGAGCGUUGGAAAGAAUGAUAGCAGAGUACGAGGAGGAACUUUCUCGAACAAAAGAGGAGAACGAGCGACAACGUCAACUACUGGACGCUGUUUUCAAGAAGCAUCAAGCUGUGUUUCACUGAGCAGACAUCAGUGACAAAACAUCUUCCCUCUGAGGAGCAGGAGUGGAGCUCCAGGAUGGAGCAGGAGGAGCCACAGCCACCUCACAUUAAAGAGGAAGAGGAGGAGUCACAGCCCCUACACAUUAAAAAGGAGGAGGAGGAGCCACAGUCCCACCGCAUUAAAAAGGAAGAGGAGGAGCCAAAGCCCCUACACAUUAAAAAGGAAGAGGAGGACCACAGCAUCAGUCAGGAGGGAGAACAUCUUGAAGGACCGGGGGAGUUCCCAGUGAUUGGUGUCCCUGUGAAGAGUGAAGAUGAUGAAGACAAAGGUGAAAGUGAGGAGAAGAGAGAGGUGGAGCCUCCAAGCAGCAGCUCAACUCAACACAUGACAACAGAAGCUGAUGGAGACCACUGUGGAGGAUCACAAGCAGACAACCUCUUAGCUCCACUAUCAGAUAGUGACGACACAAUGUCACACUCUCCUGACUCUGAUGAUGAGGACCCUAAAGCUGAUAUGACAUGUCACACAGGCAACACGCACCUAAAAUGCUCUCAAUGUGACAAAACUUUUAAACACCAUAGUCGUCUGAAAAGACACAUAAGAAAUCACAACACACGCUGGAAAUGCUCUCAGUGUGACAAAGAUUUUAAUUACCGUUGUGAUCUGAAAAGACACAUGAGAACUCACACAGGAGAGAAACCAUUUUUGUGCUCCCUUUGUGGUAAAAGAUUUUCUCGGAAGCGAAAUUUGACAGAGCACACUAGAAUACACACUGGAGAGAAACCUUUUUCCUGUUCAGUGUGUGGUGCAGGAUUUAGACUAAAUCAAGAUUUUAAAAUUCACAUGACCAUACACACUGGAGAAAACCCCUUUACCUGUUCAGUCUGUGGUAAGAUAUUUUCCCGGAAGCUAAGUUUGACAGCACACACUAGAAUACACACUAGAGAAAAACCAUAUUCCUGUUCAGUGUGUGGUAUGGGUUUUGUACAAACUCACUGUUUGAAAAAGCACUAUAGAAUACACACCGGAGAAAAACCAUAUUCCUGUUCAGUGUGUGGUAUGGGUUUUGUACAAACUCACUGCUUGAAAAUACACAUGAGAAGACACACUGGAGAAAAGCCAUAUUCCUGUUCAGUGUGUGGUGUAAGAUUUAGACAAACUCAAGCUUUGAAAGUACACAUGAGAAGACACACUGGUGAGAAAGUGUUGAGUUGCAGUGUGUGUGAUGAAAGAUUCUCUUAUAAGUACCAGCUUAACAAUCACAAGUGUGCUGGUGAGAGCAGCAGCAGUAAAUGAAACUGCACUAAUUUAAGGAAACUGUCUACACUUGAAUAAUUUUGACUAUCUAACAUUGUUUGUGUAACGCACUCUUGUGAAAAUAAUAAUAUAAAAUCUUACGGAACAACAAAAAUAGCUCACAUGAGUGAAUUUCUUCAUCAUAACCAAAAUCACUCAAGUUCUGACAUCAAUAGGUACGUACUGCCAAAAAAAAAUAUUUGGCAGUACAAUGCCAUACUUAUUGAUGUCAGAACUUGAGGGAUUUUGGUUAUGAUCAGGAAAACCGUGGAAAUGUAUAGAUUCCAGCUCUUAAAUUAAACCAUUAUGAACUAUUUUUUGUAAUCAUUAUAUCUGUCCAAACAAAUUUACCUUAGUUCUACUAGGCAUUAAAGUGAA